UCUACUACAACUAACAAGACCGUUUUUAGUUGCUUUAGGCUUAUAUUAGGCUAUAGUACACUGUAUUGAUGUUGUUGUUAUUAUUUAUUUAUUUAUUUUUAAUUGGCCUAUGAUCUUUACUUUUUACUUUAUUUUCUCUCCGCUACAGAGAGCCUAUGUUUGAAAAAUAAAGACCAAUAACCACAUAAUGGAUUAAUUAAUGUAUUUUUGUUUAACAGAAAUUGUAAACUGGUUCAAUAUUCAUGGGUUACAGGUUGCUGGUUUAGAAGUUUUGUUUGUUUAUUUUCUGUGUUGCCAACAGUGCAUGCUCAUAGCAAUAAUGUCCAUUAAUCAUUAUUAUAAAGAAUAAAAAAAAUAAAAAAAAGAAAGGUUAAAAAGUUCAUUUUAAACAUACCAAACAAAAAAGUAACUACCAUUUUGAGUUGUUUUUUUGUUUUGUUUGUUUUUUUAACUGAUAAUUACUAUAACAAUGGUCUUAAUAUUUAAUCUCACUGAAAUCUGUGAAUAAUAUAUAUAAUUAUAUCUUAUUGAUGUUUAAUUAUAAUGUAAAUGUGUUUCUUCUUUGUCAUUUUUAAAUUGCUUACAUCUUCAUUUUGCAGUUUUAUGUAUUCCAUCACAGAAUUAGGCUUAUGAAAUACAACAACAGCAACAACAAAAAGUGACACAACACGCAUGUUUUCAACAGAAAUGUCCGAUUCCAGGGUAUCGUCUGUGAUCCAGGAGUGGGUGAGCUCGUACCAGGGACCAUCGGGGCAGUCUCAGAUGGACCUGCUGUAUUCCCAAGGGCUCAGGGCAGAGGACAGAAUGGUGAAUGAGCAGAUGAUGGGACUGUCCUACCUACCCUACACCUCCACCUGCAUCAGUAACACCUCCAACUCUAUAACAGGUUCCAGUGAACAUCUCCACAGCCCUCAGCCGGACUUCGCCCAGUUCCUGCACCCCUCACUGCGCCCCCCGAUGACCAAGAGGAGCAUCAGCAAGGACAGUCCUGAGUACCGACUGAGACGAGAGAGGAACAACAUCGCCGUGCGGAAGAGUCGGGACAAAGCGCGGCGUAGGAUCCUGAUGACCCAACAGAGGGCCCUUCAACUGCAAGACGAGAACCAGAGACUGCAACUCAGGAUAGGGCAGCUAACACAAGAGCUGGACACUUUAAAGCAUAUCCUCUCCCAAAGACACAUGCAGGGGCCCGCGGAGGGGCCCGUGGAGACCUCCAUCUGAAUCUACUGCACCAAAUGGACUUGUAAGAAAGAAGGGACAAAAAACAGACAUCAGAUACCAGACUUUGUGCAAGACUACUUCAUCGACGAUAUAAUUAAAACGUGUUUAAAGCCUG